UUCUUCAUCAAAAUGAAAGCGGACUACUACAGAUAUCUAACGGAAUUCGCGCAGGAUGGGAACUUUGACCACGUGGUGCAGGAAGCCCUGCAGGCCUACGACGAGGCUUCCAAGAUCGCCGAGGAGGGCCUCCCAGAAGGACAUCCUGUGCGUCUCGGUAUUGCUCUGAACUUCUCUGUUUUCCACUUUGAGGCUCUGAGUGACCCGGCCAAGGCCUGCGAGCUCGCGCGUGCUGCUAUUGAGACACCAGAGAGCGCCAUUAGCGCACUGCCUGAAGAACAAGCGAGAGACAGCGAGUCUAUGCUCAAGCUCCUACAGGAUAAUUUGAGUCUGUGGACUGGCAACGUUGGGGAGGAUGAGGAAGCUGACGACGAAGACACGGACAACUGA